GUAAGAGCUAGCAAACUUAACCUCUCCGCUCCGUGUUUCGUUUUCGCUCGGUCGCGCUCUCUCGCACAUUUCUCGAUCCGCGACGCGCGUCACGGGAGUGAUCGACUUGUGCUCCAUGCGUUUCCUCGUAACACGUGAAUCGCGCGCUCGUUCUCGUUGAGACGCGACAGCAGUUUAUCUUGCUCCUUCCCACCGACAUAUCCCUCACGUCUGUCGUGGAUGAGACAGGCAUCGAUUAGCCUCAUCGAACACGCACAAACGCGGGAUUCGUCGGAUCGCAUGAGACUCCGCAUGAAAGUAGAUCCUACGUCGAUCACGAUGACGACUCGGUCGCGCGUGAACUGAAUAUGAACGAUUAUUACCGCAUUAGAUAUGACAUUAAGUGGCAUCAGUAAUCAGCAACUACAAUGAUUGGUGCAGCUGGUAGUCUGGAAGAUGCGUGUUGGCAGGCUCAGAAUAUGAUCAAUCAAGCGUCCAGAUGUUGGAAGUAUACUCAGGGCCAGAAUCCAUUGGCCUUAACAACAGAUAAGUCGUUACUGUCUCAGAAGAAGGAGCAGAGCUAUUCCAGGCAUAGUAUCCAGUCCAAGCUCACGAGACUCUACUUUGAAGAACUUUCCAAGGUUCCUCAUGCAACCCCAGAUUCAGUUUUGAACAAUCUUGAGAAUGAGUGCGACCUUCUGGGGCGGUUAGUGCAAAGAGAAGGAUUACAUACAUUAAUUGUUAAUCUUUAUGCUGGUAAUAAAGGAUACUCAUUAGCUGUAAGAAAUAGUGAUAAGGGGAAUCAAUACGAUAAAAAUUCACUGCUCGCUGAGACUCAGCUCAUGGGUUACGAACAGGGUGAACUACUUUCUUGCAUAGACAAUGGCCAACUGCCAGCUAUGCUAGCCGAACAACUCGAGUCCAAUUAUUCACAUUUGUUUUAUGACGGCUGCAUAAUCGCUGAAGUGCGGGAUUACCGAAAGGCGUUCCCUCACAACAGAGCUGAGGUUCAUCACGUACUUCUUAAACCUACGACACAGAGCGUGCUCUCGGACGUAUCGACUCUUACGAAUGAUGGGGAUUGGAGCCACGAGGAGCGUUUAAUGUUGGAAUCGCAUCUAGUAGCAGCUACACAAGGACCUCUAUGCCUGGAUCCGAAUCCUAUUCCCACCUUAGCUAGUACAAGAAUUAAACAGUCGAAAUCAUUGCUUACUGAUCAUCAACUCAUGCGCCAAGCCAAAAAGUUUUCUCAGGUCACAGUGAAUCGAAAGAGGAAAUUGGAGCAACUGGCACAGCCGGAAGGUCAAACGGUACAGGAUAUAAUACAGAAAUUGCGCACGAAAAGAAGGGGAUUCGCGACAAGCACUGCCUGCCCACCGCCUUCUCUUAUAGACGUCAAAUUGGAGCCACCGAAAACAGUCGAUGUUGCAAGAUUCGCGAAAGCGUACGAGCGGCCGCCAGAAACAAAAGACUGUUCGCUACAAGUUAUAGAAGAGUAUAUAUUAGAGCCCAUGGGGAGUCACGAUUACAUAAAGCUCUCGAUCCUGCAGCGACCCGCUACUUCCGAGUACCUGGGAGAGCUUUAUAUGGACAAAAAUUAUCGGGAAGGAGAGAGAAAUGGUUCUUCUUGCCGGUUUACGUUAGGCACUAGAGCCGUGGCCAAUCAUUAUUAUCAGCAAUUUAAGGAAAUAUUUACAGAGGAGGGUAGAAAGAACGUGAGAAUAAGACACGUUGUGCCGGGACAGGCCACUCGCGUUGCGUGUACACCCGGCAUGCAGCGAGCGCAUCAACAGGCGCAACAAGCGAAAGCGGCACAAUUAGCGGCUCAACAGUUGCAGCAGGCUCAAAACCAGCAUGUAGCGCAGCAGCAAGUCCGCACAUCAUUUCAGAUUCUGUCGCGAGCUCAAGGGCAACUGAACACGUUGGCCGGUCAGGUGGCCUCGAUAAAGGCCAUGUCGGAGGCAACUACCUCCGCGCAGAACAAUUUGCAGUGCGUGGACGCUGCGACUAUACCGCAAGUCAUCUCAUCGCAGAACGACAACGCCACAACGCUGAGCUCGGGACAAUCUCUGACGAAUGGCGGUUCGAACGCGUCGACUUCUGUGCAGAUUGAUAACUCGGCGAUGGCCGCAGUGGCGGAUAACACUUGCAACGGCUCCAGCAUCCUCGUCUUUCAGCAGAAAUCGGCCGGUACCAUCAAUAACGCCGCGCCAACAAACGUCCCGGUUUUGCAAGCGCAACUGCAGGCGGGAACGCAGAAUUGCAUAAGCGAGACCGCCGCCAGUCAGAACCAAAACGAGCCGCCGUUCAAGAAGCACUCGACUAACCCGGCGAUAAACGCCAUCGUGACUUCUCUCAUGAAUUCCGCGCAGCAAUUCCAGCAAGCAGCAGCAGCUAACGCUGCUAUGAACAACAACACGCAAGCUUCGAACAAGUCCAACAACGCCGCGAUUCUAAGUCUGUUGAAUAGCACUCCCGCGAAUUUAGCUCAACAGAAGGUUCAGCCCCGAAGGAUCUCUCUCAAUGCUUCCAUCCCAUCCAGGGUCAUUAGUCAUGGCAAUGUGAUCAACGUACCUAGCACCACAGGCCAAGUACGGGUAAGUUUAAGUUCCGCUCUGACGGGACAGUUAGGCUGCAAGCAGCAACCAGUGAAAGCGACCGCUGUGAGACUCGCGCGAGUCCAGGAUCCCACGUCUACCCUUGGUCUAUCGAUGCCGGGGCUUUCAGCCUUGCUCGCUGGCACACCGUCGGCGGACAAUCCAAUACCCGGGAUGAACUCGGCCUCGUCACUACUCGAGCGGCUCACCGCAUCUUCCAGUCAGAGCAGUCAGCCGACGAGCCCGAUGACCAGCCCGUCGCCAACAAACGUGAAUUUGCAGGGCGUGAACCUCACUAGUCUGCCGAACUCCAUCAACGGUCUGCAAAACGUUCAGGUAUCAUUCCCGGGCUUGUCGCAACCCAUUACCAUGUCGUUGAAUGUGUCACCCACCACUGGCGGCACCGUCACACCUACUGGGAUGAUAGUUUCUCUCCCCAUAUCGUCCGCCACAAAUACCUGCACGACGAUCUCGAGCAUGGUGGCUGCGACCGUUGUCACGACCGCUAUUACUGGGAGUACGCCAACAGUGGUGAUCGCCAAUCCUACCAAUGCUCACUUAUCUUUACCAAUUGCCCAAAUAAUACCAUCCGCAGUGAAAGGGUUACCACAGCAAAAUAUAAGGAGUAACAACGCAGUGACUCUUGCACAGGGAGGACAAGCAAUCCAGUUAAUCGGAUCUCAGAGGCCGCGACUUAAUCACAUAGCUCGUCAAGUACAAUCGAAUCAAGUCAAGUCGGCUGUCUUGUCGAAUCAGCUGAUGACAGUUGCCAAAACGGUAACGGCGAAUCAGCUAAUACUGUCCGGUAACAAACAAGUAUUAACUCCGAUAAUGGCCGCGACGAAACCCGUGCUUAUGGCGUCGCAGACGACGCCUUCUUCCCAAGUAGUACCUGUUAACAAGCAAGCUCUAUUAACGAAAUCCUUGCACGCCAGGGCUUCUACCGGCCAGUGCAGCCAGCAGACACAGAGUCUUGGGGUUGCUACGUUAUCGCAGCAACAAUUUCAGCAAUUGCAGCAAUGCCUGGCCGCGCAGCAUAAGGUUGCCGUUGCGGCGGGAAGUUCUCAAGGUAGGACUCAAAUCGACGCUCAGAGAAAUUCCACGUCUGCUCCCGGGGAGGAUCCCGUCUGAACAUGUUCAAAUGGAUGAAUAAUGUUAAUGAUCAUGUUACGACUAAAUAAUUGGAGCCCGCCUAGAAGAAAUGUAAUAAGGCGUUUAUCGGUAUGUGUUGCGUUUUAAAAAUUUCACAUUACAAGCGAUCGUGAUAUUUUAUGUGCACAAGCGCUGCGUAUACUGAGAUUAAUGAAAAGGUUUUAAUCGGUGGAAUUUAUGUACGUGUGUGUGCCGAACGCAACCAACGUAAUUAAGAUAUUUUGCUAGAUCAGUAGAUUCGGUAAACGCUAUUACGCUCACGUGCAAUAAUAACAUUUAUUUUUCGUCAGUUUCUCUGAAUUUCUUUGAGCCUUGAAAUGUUACUUUAAGGGAGGUUUCAAUUAUUGUAUACAUAACUUAUAUAUACGAUACAAUUUGUUUUAUAUUAAAAGAUGUAAUAAA